UAACUAUACCGGAGAAGAUAGUGGCAGCAUGGGGGCAUGCGCAUCCCGAGCCAUCACAAAAUAAAUAUAUUAUUAUUAUUAAAUAAUAAGUUUACACUUGAUGUGGUUUUUGAAUUUCUUAGAAAUAGUUAAAUAAGUAACAGAAAAUGAUUCAAAAUAUUUCGUAUAGUUUUGAAUAAAUUUUUAAAUUGUGCAACAGACCAAAAUGCUUUCCAAAUUAAUAUUUCGUAAGAUAUCAUUCAAUACUCGAAGUUUUAGUAUUUCUCAGUCAUGCAACAAUUUACCCUCUAACAGCAUCAUGAAUGUCUUCGAUAGGCAAGCAAAACUAUUACAGAAAGAACGAGCUGCCAGAAGCCCUGAUGUUGAAAAAUACGAUUAUCUCAAAGAUGAAAUAGGGUACAGACUAGCUGACAGAGUAUUUGAUAUCAAAAGGAAUUUCAAAAAUGUUCUGGAUCUUGGAUGUGGUCGAGGUCAUGUUAGUAAACAUUUAACAGGAGAAAAUAUAAAAAAUUUAACUUUAGUAGAUAUGUGUCCAAGUUAUUUGGAGCAAGCUCAAAUUCCUCAAGACAUCAAUACUAAAAAAUUAAUGCUUGAUGAGGAGAAUUUCUCAUUAGAACAAAACAGCUUUGAUUUAAUUCUCAGUUGUUUAAAUCUUCACUGGAUCAAUGAUCUUCCAGGAUGUUUCAAUAGAAUUUUUACAUGUUUAAAAAAUGAUGGAGUAUUUAUUGCAGCAAUAUUUGGUGGAGAUACACUUUAUGAAUUAAGAUCAUCAUUGCAGCUAGCAGAGUUAGAAAGAGAUGGUGGUAUUUCUCCUCACAUUUCUCCAUUUACUCAUAUUCGAGAUAUAGGAGGUUUAAUGAAUCGAUCAGGAUUCACCAUGUUAACUAUUGAUACUGAUGAAAUAGUCAUAGGAUUUCCAUCCAUGUUUGAAGUUAUGCGAGAUUUAAAAGGGAUGGGUGAAAGCAAUGCGGCCAGAAAUCGUAUAUUACACUUAAAAAGAGAUACAAUGGUAGCAGCUGCUGCUAUAUACGAGGAACUUUAUUCAAAAAAGAAAAAAGAUGGUAGUAGAUAUGUACCGGCUACUUUUCAAAUAAUAUAUAUGUUAGGAUGGAAGCCCGAUCCUAGUCAACCAAAGCCUCUUGAAAGAGGAACUGGUGAAGUAUCUUUGAAAGAUUUGCAUAAAUUGAAUGAAAUUAUGAGAGAUACAAAAAAAAUUAAAUUAGAUGAUAGUGAUAAAUAAUCAUUUAUUAAAUUUAAAAAAAUUUAAUAACAUAAUAACAUAUUUAAGGAAUGAUUUUCAAGUUAAAAAUUAAUCAUGACAUUGAUCUUUAUGUUUUACGAUGCCUUUCUCAAUGAGAUCUGGAAUUUCUACAGCUAGCCAAGGUCCAAGCUGAAAUAUAAUCCAAUUAAAAUAUA